AUACCAAUUUAUCUCAGAAGCAUUUCAACUUGUAUUUCUGUAAAGUAUGGUGGAGAACAAGAAUGGGAAUUUGCCUGGAAUGCCUAUUUAACAAGCAGCGAUGGAAGUGUAAAAGUAGAAUUCCUUAAAGCUUUGGGCUGCAGCAGUCAGCCUUGGAUUCUACGCAGGUAUCUACAGUGGAUGCUGGAAGAACACGAAAUCAGGCAACAAGAUGCUGAUCAUGUUUUUUUGAGUGUUGUGCAAAAUGAUGUGGGCUUUACGGUAGCCAAAGAAUUCUUCAUGGCAAACAUUGAAAAGCUGACUAAUCUAUUUGGAUCCAGAAAUAGCCAUUUUAGAAAAUGGAUUAAAGAACUGGCUAGUAUGAUGUUUACUGAAGAAGAAUACGAAGAGUUCAGCGAGUUUACAGAUACCAACAAACGUUUUUUGGAAGGAGCUGAAAUGGCUGUUAGUCAAUCAAAGGAAGUAAUAAGAGACACUAUACGUUGGUACAAACGAAAUUUUCCUCAUUAUGUUGCAAUGAUGGAAAAGUACAAGAUUAGAAGAGAAAUGAACUAAUUUUUUGUAGUUAAAGGCAAAAUGGGAA